UCCUCGCUGCUCUAAUCACAGGCCUCCAUAUCUGCCUCUAACAUAAAUCGGCAGAGAGAGAGGAGAGAUCGCAGUCGUGAACUUGGAGUGGCGAUCGCUCUUAUUAGGGUUUCUUUAUGUUGUGCUAAUCACGGCUGUUCUUCGAGUCGGCGGUCGGCACUUCAACCGUUUCCAUAUUCCUCAACCGCAAGUGGAGAACCUCCCGGAGAAGAAGCGGGGCGUGGGGCUCCACGCCCUUGACAAGCACCGCUGCCCCUCUACUCACGGAGGCCGCGGUGCCCUUCCUUCCGCAGGCGGCAGUCCAUCCGACCUCCUCUUCCUUGCUGGCGGCGGCCAUCUCUCCUCGCUAACGCUCUCUUAUUAAACCUUCUCUAUCUCUCUUUUUCCCUCUUCAGUUCUUUUCUUCGUCUAAAGCUUAGAGAUGCUAACCAUCAAAAGGGUUCCGACCGUCCUUUCUAAUUACCAGGAAGACGCUGCUGGAUGCGGACGCAACUGCCUUGGUGAUUGCUGCCUUCCCGUCUCCAAGCUCCCUCUUUAUGCCUUCAAGGUCGAGAGUUUGCCGGCUGUGGUUUCUCCUUCUCAGGGAGAUUUGCCCUCUGAUUUUUUACUGAACACUCUCUUAUUUGGACAGUGGGAGGAUCGCAUGAGCCGAGGGUUAUUCAGGUAUGAUGUGACUGCUUGCGAAACGAAGGUGAUUCCAGGAGAGCAUGGUUUCAUAGCGCAACUGAAUGAAGGGCGCCACCUCAAGAAGAGACCGACCGAGUUCAGGGUUGAUCGGGUCCUGCAACCUUUUGAUUCAGCCAAGUUUAAUUUUACUAAGGUUGGACAGGAAGAGGUCUUGUUCCGAUUUGAAGCUGGUGAAGAUGAUGCAUCUUGCUUCUUUGAGAUUGCCUCUGUUGAUAAGGGAGUUCCACCUAAUGUUGUUGCUAUUAAUGUGAGCCCCAUUGAGUACGGCCAUGUUCUACUAAUCCCCCAUGUGCUUGAGUGUUUGCCUCAAAGGAUUGAUCCAGAAAGCUUACUGCUUGCACUUCACAUGGCAGUAGAAGCAGGAAGUCCUUACUUCAGGCUGGGUUAUAACAGUUUGGGUGCCUUUGCCACCAUAAAUCACUUACACUUCCAGGCCUAUUACUUAGCUAUGCCUUUUCCUGUGGAGAAAGCUCCAACUAAGAAGAUUCACAUUGUUCAAGGUCUGGCAAAGAGUCUCGGUGUAAAGAUCUCAAAACUGUUGAACUACCCAGUGAGGGGCCUAGUUUAUGAAGGCGGAAAUUGCCUAAAACACUUGGCUGAUGUUGUUGCUCAAUCCUGCAUUUGCCUUCAAGAAAAUAGCAUCCCAUUUAAUGUGCUUAUUUCUGACUGUGGGGGGAGAAUAUUUUUAUUUCCACAGUGCUAUGCUGAGAAACAGGCGCUUGGGGAAGUGAGCCAAGAGCUCCUAGAAACACAAGUGAACCCUGCAGUGUGGGAGAUUAGUGGCCACAUGGUGCUUAAGCGGAGGAAAGAUUAUGAUGAGGCAUCUGAGGAAUAUGCUUGGAGGUUCUUGGCUGAGGUUUCCCUUUCUGAGGAGAGGUUCGAAGAGGUGAAAUCCUAUAUAUUGGAGGCCAUUGGUACUGUGGAGGCUGAGAAGGAUGAGAUGGAUUCAAAGGUGGAUGAAGAAGAAUCCUUCCAUUCCACAGCCACUGUGUCUACUUUCCCAGAAAGCUGUUUGGUUCUGCUGUGAAAGAUGUGGCUCUCUACUGUGUUUGCUUCGGCCAGCAGUCUUUUAGAAGGAAAUAAUCCAGUCGUUAUAGCAGUAUUUGUAUGCAGUUGCGUUCUGUCUGCGUGUUCAUCUGUUUGUUUCUGCUUUCUGCACCUUCGGCCUGUUAAGCUAAUGCAGAUGUUUUCUGGUAUGUUUUCGGUCUGUUGUUCAGACUUUAUGUUUAUAAUGGUUGGAAUUUCGUAAGAGCUCUGUCCUUGUUUUUCAAUAAGAAAGGUGCUGAUAUCCCUUAAUAAAAAACUGUUUGUUCCUAAA